GUGUGAGGUUGAGGUUCAAUUUAAAGGAAACAAGAAAAACACGCAAAGGUAGAAUGUCGUCUACUUUAGUUCUAGGAUUUUUGUUACUUCUUGGACUACAAGUCUGGGCAGCUCCAUCACCAGGCAUUGAAGAUGCGGCUUACACCAAUCAGGCUUUGGAUUUGUUGGCUGAGGACUCAGCGCCUUCUCCAGUGAAAGAGAUUCCCCACUUACGACAUCGACGCCAUCAUUUUUAUCAUCAUGACCAUGAUUUUAGCUGGAAUAACGGACAUAAUCAACAUAAUCAAUACUUUCCAAAUUCCGGUUGUCAUCAUCGUGGUUUUGGUGCUCCUGCAGGUCCUUGGUCGCAUCACGGACCACCCCAUCCUUUUGGCUUUGGCCCACCAGGUCCACCACCCGGUGCGUUUGAUCCACAGCUACAGCCUACACCACCUUAUAAAACUAAAUUGGCACCAUUUAAUGAUGAAUCCAAAGAAAACCACAUAGAGCCACAACCAAUGAUCGAGAUCAGCACAACAACUACAGAAACAGCACCACCAUCCACACAACCACCACCAACACCACCACCAACAACAACAACAACAACAUUAGCAACUAGUUCCACAGAAAGUGAUACCUUGGAUAUAGAUAUACGCAUUGGAUAGGCUCUAGUUUUAUUUCUCUUCAAUUUAAAUCUUAUUUCUCAUUAAAAAUUCUAAAUUUAAA